ACAAAUGUGAAACAACUUGUCAGGACUUGUUCAGUCUUCCUGAACAGCCUCGUUCCUUCUUCCUGAAGUUGGACAGCUUUAAAUAAAUUACCCUCAAAGAAAAGAAUUGCUGUAUUUUUAAACAGCAACAGAACUGAAUCAACUGCUCAGCCAAGCACAAGACACCAAAGAUGGCCAAUGAAGCGAGACCUUGCCCAUGUGACAUUGGAGACAGGUUUGAGUAUGGGGACCUUGGGCAUGAAGUGCAAGUUGAGCACGUCAAGGCGUAUGUUUGCAAACCAUCUACCAGCACGGAAAAAGCUGUGAUUGUGAUUCAAGAUAUAUUUGGAUGGCAACUUCCAAAUAUCAGAUACAUGGCUGAUAUGCUUGCAGCUAAUGGAUACAUAGCCAUCUGCCCAGACUUCUUUGUGGGACAAAAACCUUGGGAACCUUCUGAUGACUGGUCCACCUUUAAUGACUGGCUGAAAACUCGAGAUGCCAGCAAGGUAGACAGGGAAGCUGAUGUUGUCUUGAGGUAUCUAAAGGAGCAAUGCAGUGCAAAGAAGAUCGGUGUCAUUGGAUUUUGCUGGGGUGGAACGGCUGUACAUCACUUGAUGCUGAAAAAUCCUGAAUUAAAAACUGGGGUGGCCAUAUAUGGAGUAAUUAAGUACUUUGAGGAUAGAUACAGUUUGCUCCACCCCACAUUCUUCAUUUUUGGUGAAAAUGAUGAUUACAUCCCUCUUGAACAAGUCACCCUACUGGAGCAGAAACUAAAACAACACUGUAAAGUUGAUUACAAAGUUAAAAUUUACCCUGGACAAACUCAUGGUUUUGUACAUCGCAAGAGAGAAGAUAUGAACCCUCAAGAUAAACCUUACAUUGAAGAAGCAAGAAAUGACAUGCUCAGCUGGCUAAAUAAAUACCUUUAACAAAAAGUACACUGCUAGACUGUAAAACAGAAUCCAGUAAUUUGUUAGGCAGACUUUAGAGCACAUUGUAAUUUUAUUUUUGGAAAAAAUAAAAUAUUUAAAAUUUAAUUAGAAGAUUAAAAAAGAUAAAUAGUUGUUUAUUUACUUUUCAGCAG